AUCAUGUUCGGUGUUUAAUGCAGCGAACGGGGUAGCAUAUUGUAGCAGGUGAAGAACGAUAGUGCCAUUGGAUACAACAAAAGGAAAAGGAAUUAAGUUCAGAGCCUUUCAAGUUCGGAAUUUUUGUAAAAAAAAAAAAUAAAUAAAAGAAAUAAUAUUUGUAUACUUAUAUUUAAGUGUGGAAGAUGGCAGCAAACAUGUACAGGGUUGGAGAUUAUGUUUACUUUGAAAACUCCUCAAGCAAUCCAUAUUCAGUGAGACGAAUAGAGGAACUCAACAAGACGGCCAAUGGAAACGUGGAGGCCAAGGUGGUGUGCUUCUACAGGAGGAGGGACAUUCCCAGCAAUCUCAUCGCUCUGGCCGACAAACAUGCCAAGGACCUGGAAGAGGAGAUGGAGGGGGAGAGCCUGCAGCAGCUGAGUGAUAAACAGAGACACCAGCUGAAGCACAGAGAGCUCUUUCUGUCUCGACAGCUGGAGUCACUUCCCGCCACACACAUACGGGGAAAAUGCUGUGUGACUCUGUUAAACGAGACGGAGGCCUUGUUCUCUUAUCUGGAGAAAGAGGACUGUUUUUUCUACUGCCUGGUGUAUGAUCCCCAGCAAAAGACUCUUCUGGCCGACAAAGGCGAGAUUCGAGUUGGACCUCGGUUUCAGGCAGACAUCACUGACCUGCUGAACGAGGGAGAAGAUGAUGGGAGGAACCAGGCAGAGCUAGAGACCAAGGUCUGGGAACCAGAGAGUCCACUAACAGACAAGCAGAUCGACCAGUUUCUGGUCAUUGCACGCUCGGUGGGCACCUUCGCCAGGGCCCUGGACUGCAGCAGCUCUGUCCGCCAGCCCAGCCUUCAUAUGAGCGCCGCAGCUGCAUCCAGAGACAUUACCCUGUUCCAUGCCAUGGACACCCUCCAUGCCACUUCCUAUGACAUGUCCCAGGCCAUCAUUGCCCUAGUGCCGCAGGGCGGGCCCGUCUUGUGCCGGGACGAGAUGGAGGAAUGGUCAGCGUCGGAGGCCAGCCUCUUUGAGGAGGCGCUGGAGAAGUACGGCAAGGAUUUCAGCGACAUCCGGCAGGACUUUCUGCCCUGGAAGUCCCUAACCAGUAUUAUAGAGUAUUAUUACAUGUGGAAAACAACUGACAGAUAUGUCCAGCAGAAGCGCUUAAAAGCUGCUGAGGCAGAGAGCCGACUGAAGCAAGUUUACAUCCCUAACUACAACAAGCCAAACCCCAACCAGAUCAGCACCAGCAACAACAAGACGGGCCUAGUGAACGGGUCGGGGUCCCAGGGCCAGGCGGGCUCCUCCGGGUGGGCGUGUGAGAGCUGCUACUCGAUCCAGUGUUAUCAGUGGUACUCCUGGGGUCCCCCCAACAUGCAGUGCCGUCUGUGCGCCACCUGCUGGAAUUACUGGAAGAAGUACGGGGGACUGAAGAUGCCCACGCGGCUCGAGGGGGAGAGGGCGGGCCCCAACCGGAACAGUGUGACUCCAUUCGGCUACUGGGUGAAGAACACCAAUCCCAAGUACACUCUGAAGACCAAGCAGGCCUUCUACCUCCAGACCACCUUGCUGACCAAGAUCGCCCGCCACCUAUGCCUGGCGCUCCUGCAGCCCCGCCGGGCUGCCCGCCGGCCCUUCACACCCAUCAACAGUUCCGCCAUCAAGGCAGAGUGUUCAGCCAGACCAGAGGCAGCCAGGCAGGCGGUGAAAAUGAAGCCCAUCGUGCGGAAGCCGCUGGAAAUGAUUGUUAAGUACCUCGAAUCACACCCGUACGUGAAGCCAGAGUCAUCCAAGGCGCCUUCAAGCCUCUCUUCGCAGGCCGGAGGUGGUACCCUGGCCAAGGUGGUCCCGGUCAUCAACCACGGCUCCACCACCAUCCUGGGCAAGCGCAGCUACGAGCAGCACAAUGGGGUGGAAGGAAACAUCAAGAAGCGUCUGCUGAUGCCGCUGCGAGGGUUUCCAAACCACAGUCAAGUAAGACCAGCUGCCUCAAUGAAUAAGAAUUACCUGCUGAACGGCAAGCCCGGGGAGAGGAGCCAGCGCAUGCUCAAGCAAGGAUCUCUCCCGCCCAUAAAGGGCCGCCGUAUGAACUGGAUCGACGCCCCCGACGAUGUCUUCUUCAUGGCCACCAGUGACACAAGAAAGGUCCGCAAGCUGCUACCGUCCUUCGACAUCAAGAGGGCUGCCCGGCAGCCGUACAAGCCCAUCUUCGUCAAGCACAUCCGCUCGGACCCAGAGCGGCCGCUACCUCUGCGGCCGCCAGUCAACGAGGAGCCUAUCGUGAUCGAGGAUUAGUCGGGAAGCCCAGCCCCAUACGGGGCGCUCUUGACACACCCCCCCACCUCUCCCCACCCCGGGAAGCGGGAGCUGGCCGACCUGAGCUCUCACCCCAGACCAUGUUUCGAGUUUGGUGGGGAAGAACAUCUGCUUUUUUUCUUUUUUGGUCUGUUUUUGGUUGUUUGUUUGUUUUGACAAAAAACCUUAAAACUGGAGUUGGAUAUCCCUUCUUGUAACCUCAACUCCAGCCCGAAGUAUUUGUCCUCUGGACGCCUCUGAUGAAGUUGGAGAGAAUGUAAAAUUAUUUGUGUAGAGAUACAUGUAAAUAUCUGUAUGUUUAAGAAAAUAUAUGGCACUAAUCCCCGCUGGCUAAGACUUCCCUGGAAGAUGUGAAUGGGUGACAUGGCCCAAGCCUCAGGAGUGGAAUUUUGGGGAAUGGAGUUCCAGGACAGGGGCAAACCUGCCUGUAUAUCGGGGAAAGAUUGUUUUGUAUUGAUUGUCCUCUUUGAAGAACCCCCCCCCCCC